UAUAGCUUUGAUACAAUGGAAUUUUCCAUGAAACAUAAGUGCUAACUUGCUCAUAUUUACCAACAAAGCUUCAAGCUAUGUUGUUAUCGUUUAAUAAUAUGAAAGCCUAGAAUGUGCCAAAGUUGUUGUUUUGAAGUUGGGUGACAUCCUUUUUUUUAUAGCGGAAUCCAUUUUAAACCUCUAAAAUUAUGAAAGAAGAUCUGAAUAGGCACAUUCCACAAAAGAUAAACGAAUUCGCCUCGUUGGCACUUGCCGGAAGGUACCCCUAGUUUUAUACAAUCUGUGCUUGUAUCGGUUGUAAUACAUUGCGCCCCUCGACUAUAAAUUUGGCCGUGGUGCCUUAAAAACGGUGUCAUUUUAAUGAUCGGUACCCCGGGACCACGGUCAAUUUUCGUGACCCGCCCACCUCCCCUGGUGGCGGUUGACAACUUUAGUGUCAUCCUCAUUGCAUGCUUAUUGGCUCAGCAGUCGCGGAGUUUUUCCAUAACUUAAUAUUACGCGGUGAGGUAAUGAGUAUGCAGUGAAGAUAUAGUACCACGUUAACUCUCUCCAUGUAAGUCCCAUAACGUUUGCCUAGUUCCUAGGCCUCAUUUUUCCGCGCGGCCAAUGCAUUUUGGGUCACGUGUUCCAAGCGAAGAAGUGAGACCGUUUCUCGCCCGUUCGCCUUGGAUACGUUACUAAAGUGAAUUGACCGAGAAGGCCUUGGAAAAUGCCAUACAAGGACGUCACUUAUUAAAACUUUUAAGUACGCAAUCUUGUUAACGCAAUGUAACGAACUUUGUAAUAUUGCGCGCGAUAUUUAAAUGCAGCGGUGAUUCCAAAAUAUGUAACACUAAUGAUGACGGAUGUACCGUCGAAACACGGAAAAUUGACAAAAGUUGUAUUGUUUCAGCGUCUGUCUCUAUUGUUGCUGCUACCUAAACCUCAAAUGUCACGCUUUAUUCUCUAAUUUAGUGUAUAUGUUUUUUUCUUUUUUCGGUAAGAGCAACUUAGGGACUCCCUUGCUCUGUUAUAACUAUAUGGCGUUAAAUUAAAGCGGCCGUUUUAAAUCCCACAAUAUUUUUAUCCCCGCUCUUAAACAGUAGUUUGUACUGUAAAUAUUGUUUGACUGAGCAAUCAAAUAUGGCAGUGGAGUAAUUCUUUUAGAAAAAAAGAUCAUUUUCCUUACUUUCCAAGGUUACUCAACGAGAUUAAAUCUCUCUUCAGUUAACAACUCUGCUGGUCUCCAAAUGAAAAUUUUACUCUGUUUUGUUUGGCUUAAAGUUUUUUUUGGUGCCGAAGAACAUCUAUAAAUAGUCUGAAAUCUAACAUGCUGGCCUUGCAUGGUAGCCUCCCCGCAGACGUCCUUUGGGGUUCGUUUGUCACGCAUUCAAAUGAAUGCGUGACAAACGAACCCCAAAGGACGUCUGCGGGGAGGCUACUUGCAUGGGAGAUGGAGGCCACAACGAGAUGGAUUCCUGGAUUUAGUUAUUGAUUUACUCUAUUGUUUCAUUAGGAUUUGUCACCUCCUUGCAAAGCUUCUACAUCACAGAAAGGCCAAGGAAACAGUUCUAGCUCCCCUUCCAGCAAAGAAUUGAGAGUUAUCUCCUUAAAAGGUCAGUUAAAAUAUAUUGUAUGUCUUUAUCUGUUAUAUUUAUAGACUCAAGAUAUAUAUCCUUAAAAGGUAUAAUAUGCCGGAUUUACUUAGUAAAAAGACGCCUUGACGCUCAUGAAAUGUGAAAGCAUUUUUCAAACAAAACAUAUGUAGGAAACGUCAUGAACAGUCGCAACUCCGUUGUGACAGAAUUGGGCCAAUUAGAACGAUGACUAAUAUCAAAAAUCUUACUAGAGAGGUUGGCUUUAAGGGAAAUAAUUGUGUCUGAAACAAGUCAAAUACUUCAAAUAUUUGCUGCUCAAGAACAGCAGUGCCGAGAAAAGGCUCCAUGUUUUCGCUCGAAUUGAGGGAAGUUGAAAGAAGACAAGAAUAACUGGUAAUUGCAAUGUGCUUUUUAGUACGGUGCUUAAAUUUGCUUAUUUGAAGAUAAUUACUGUACUCGCUAUUAUUGGUAUUUUUUGUGGACUGGUAACAUUACUCUUUGUUUCUUUGGUAACCCGUCAAAAAGUAAACUGAAGCCGUUAACUUCAAACCAAAAUAGUGUGAUUCUAUUUUGUUUUAUUGUUUCAUAAGUUUGACUGAAUUUUAUUGUCGAUCAUGUGUCCUCUUCGCCAGCAAUGGAUUCUAGGCUGUAAAUUUUGCAUUAGUGAUAAAAGUGAAAUUGUUAUAAUUCGUGUCAAAAUUUAAAAAUCACGUUUUGUACCGCAAUAGCUGGCGUACCCACUGGCAAAAAAAUUAUUGAGAUUAUCACUGAUCUGCCUUUUAAUUUCAGGGUCAAAAGAGGGCAAAAGGUCGUUAACUUCAAGUAGCACUCUAGCAUCAAAGUCUCCCAAAACUUUGGGAGAUGAAGGUAAAGUUUGCUUUUGUAUGACAGAGUUAAAACCGUAG